UUACAAAUGGCGGACUACUGUACUUACGGGUGACGAGAAAAGAUGUGGAGCAAUAUAAGAAUACUCACCGUUUAAUUUGUUAGACAAACUGGAAUAAAAAGUCAUAGGGAAAGGAUAAUAAGCCAGUGUUGUUUACCAUAAUCAAUAAUCAUGUCGAUGAGGACGAAGAUAAAUGGCUACACGGCCUGGGUAAAUCUUCGUCUGAUGCCCUAUGACCAGCUGCUGAACAAUGCUCUGAUGGACCUACUGACAGGAACACACAUGAAGUUUCUCCUGGAAAGCAUCACUGGCAGGGAUAUCAAACGACUGGAGAGCUUUGAUGACCUUUCUCAGCAGCAGAAACAGACAAGGGUGGAGUGGGUGAUGCAUGAACUGAAGACGUGCCAGGUUUUACCAGAUGAUGUUGCUAUUGACUCCAGGCUGUUUGCUAUGAGGAGUGCAGAUCAUGUGUUUGACCUGCUAUGGAGACUGAUCAGCCAUGACAUAUGGUUUGUGUGGGAGAGGGCGGAAUACCUACAACAUGUGGACAUGGAUGUCCUCACACAGAUCCCAUUUAAGUGGACACCAGAACCACCUCCAAAAAAGAAGAAAAGUAAAAAACCCAAGAAGUCCUUACUAUCAGGGUUUGGAUCUGGUUCACAGGCAGAAGAUGAUAGUGGCACUUUAGACUCAAUUGAUCUGAGUUCACCAUCACCAAUAAUGUCAGAUGAUAUUAUGGAGGACUGGGUUAAGUUCCCUAACGCUGAGUGGGUGAAAAACUUCAAGAAGAAGAAAAGGGAAAUUGGUAACUACCCUAGUCCUGAUGAGUGUAUCUUAGAAAUGGUCAACUAUCAACUCAAGACAACCAGGGAUGGAAGAAAUCUGAGUUGCCAUACCAUUGAUGACUUUGUUGACAGUAGAGUGCUGUGCGCUCUUGUCAACUCCUUUGUACCAAACACUUUUACCACUGACCUCCUCCUCAAUGACAGAUGGACGAUAAACCUUGCACUGCGUACAGCAGAAAAAAUGUUUUAUGCAGAGACACCGUUUGACUCGGAGGACUUAGUUGAGGCUGAUCCAACAGCAGUGUGUUCCUAUUUCUGUUUCUUCCUGAUGAUGGCAUACAAAUAUCGCCAGUGUAAGGGGGCAGUUAAUCGGGUGGAUUACAUCAGCAUGUUGAUCAGGGAAUGUAACCAUGAGAUUAGUAAGUUCCCCGCAAUAGUGUCAAACAUGCAGGAACUGCAGCGACGUAAGGAGGUGAAGAAUGAGAUAGAACAACACAAGAAAGCCCUGGAGAAGUUCAAUGGCAGAUUUGAUAUCCCCUACUGUAAGAAAUGGAUGAAUCAUGUAGAAUACGUACAGAAUGAGGUGAGAAGACAAAUCCGGGAGAAGAUGAAGAGUCGGUUUGACAUGAUUACAGCCCCGAGGAACAUUACAGUGAAUGACAUAUGUCUGUCGUGUGUUAUCAACCUGACGCUGACGAAUGGCUCUGGGUUUUACUUAGCAAGCAAUAAGGAAGUUUUGGGUGAUGGAAGGAAAGUUGUUCUGAGAGCAAAAGAAACUGGGGACUUCAUUGACGACUUCAGCUCUGGACGGUCCCGAGGUCCAACUGUCAGAGAUAUUUUAAAGGUGGCAGAUGCUGGUGUAGUGGAGAUCUACCCCGAUAACUAUCCGCAAAUUGAGAUUUUUGUUGAGGCACAGAGUCGGAACAAGCUCCUCAAGGCAGGCACUGUAUUCCUGUACCAGGUCUUCCCCGGCAACACCACAACCUGGCAGAGGCUUUUCAUCAAGUCAGCUCGUGAGAAUGAGUUUGAGACUGUCCAAAAGAUGAUUGUGUUCUUCCACAGUAAUCCAUCCUUCAUAAAUUCUAAGGAACCGAAGACUGGAAAUACUGCCCUUCACUGGGCAUGUAGGAAUGGUCUGUUUGACAUGGUGUGUCUUCUGUUGGAGAAUGGUGCCAAUGUUGACUCGAGAAAUUCCAACAAGAGUACUCCAUUGUUUGCCGCUAUAGAGGGACUGCACAGGAGGAUUUGUCACUUGCUGAUUGAAUGGGGUUGUGAUGUCCAUUGUAAGAAUGUGAAAAACCUGACUCCAUUUGAGAUGAUAAAAAAUGACGACUUCAAACACUUCCUAAUAGAGUUGUAUGGACACUAUUCUGAAAUUGUGCCCAAGAUCAUGGAAGGUGACAUGGCGCUCUUAGAUGAAGUCAUACAUAAACACUCCACCCAUCAGAAGCAGUUCUGUAGCCUCCGGAGCAGGUGUAUCAAUGGGAGUACCCUGCUACACACGGCAGCCUACUACGGCAACGUGGCAGCCAUCAGAGAGCUUAUGCAGCUGCGAGUAGAUGUAAAUAUCCGUGACUACAAGGGUGCCACUGCCCUCCACCGCGCCCGCAACAAAGAGGUGUUGGAGGUGUUGCUGGAGUCUGGAGCCAGUGUAGACGCUGAGGAUGGAGAGGCUAACACUCCACUCCAUGUCAAGUGUUACGGAGAGACAAAUGCCCCAUCAGAAAUACCAUCCAUAGAAGUGCUACUUGCCAGGAAUGCCAACCUUGCCAGAAGGAAUAUGCGGGGUCUUCUCCCCAUACACUGCUGUGCCAUGCAGGGCCGUGUGGACGUGAUUCGUCUGAUGGUACGGGCAGACACAGAGAACAACAUCUCGAAGGCUAUCUCUGGAGAGGAUGACAAGAAGCCCCCUAGUCUAUUACAUUUGGCCAUCGCUAAUGACUUCAUAGAAUGUGCCAAAUGGUUGUCUACCAACGGCUUCUACUUCAAGAAACGGGAACAGGACGUCCUCCUCCGACGGAUAAUGACGGAACAAGUCACCCUUAAUGACAGAGAAGAAGCUGUAAGAUUCCUGUUGGAAAAUGGAGCAGACCCCAGUCCUCGUUAUCCUGGGGGGAACACGUCUUUACACUAUGCUGCGGGUCUGACAGGAUCAUCAGAGGUCCUGGAGCUGUUACUUGAAAAUGGGGCGGAGGUGGACCCUGUUGAUGAUAAUGGAUGCACACCGCUGUUCUUUGCCACACAGGCUAAUAACCAGUUUGCUGCCUGUGUUCUCAUAGAGCAGAAUGCCAAUGUCAGACACAAAAACUCCCAGGGUUUGACUGCAUUUGAUUACAUCAUUGACUUUGAGGAGUGGAUAGACUGUGGGUAUUUUACAGACGAUAUCAAAGCCAGACUCAAGGCCUUCAGCCUGAAGCAUGCUCGCGACCUGGUCAGAGCUAUAUCAAAGAAGGUGAAACCAAACCAAUUCCAUAGCUUUCAGGACAUAAGGAUGAGAUCAGGUCUGUCAACACGGUCAUUCCAACCCACAACCAGCAACACCAACACCAACUCUCACUUCUCCAGCCAGCUUCCGUCCAUCCAUCGGGCAUCCAUAUCUACCGGCUACAUUCAUAACUGACCACCGGUCCAAGAUUUCAAAAAAUUGACUUAGAAGUGUUGCAUUUUUAGAAGUGUUGUAAUUUUCAAAACUGACAAUUUGUGAUGUCACUUAAGCAAGGUUUUCAACAGUUUGUUAAAUCCAACAUUGACCUAUAAAUGUUAUUGACAUGUGAUAAUUUGAUCAGUGAUUGGUAUUGUAUGAAGUGACAGGGAUGUAAUGAUAUUGUUAAUAGAUGUCGACUGUUACAGAGGCCUGCUGACCUAGGAUUAUGUGUCCAGUGUAUACAGUAUAACAUGAACUAUUUGUGGUACUCUCUUGUGCAUGUAUUUAUGUUUACAAACUGUUUUGUUGUUAAUACAAAUACCAAAACUCAAGACAGAUGUUGUACAUAUAUUCAAUGUAUGCAUAUUUAACCAUUGAAAAAGAUAUCCAUUGGAAGUAAACACAGUGAAUGUGUCAUGUUGUCCUGUAUACUGUAGUGUGAUCAAGUUGAUACUCCAUUUGUUCAACAAAACAUGAAUGGUCAAUGUACUAUACAUAACUAGACUACAGCUGGUUUAAACUGCUGACACAUAUUUAUAAGCUAUAUAUUUAUUUUUAUUUUUAGAAGACUGUUGUUAAGGAUGUGCCAAUAUUUUAUAGAAUUACUCUAUUUUUGUUAAUAUUUUUGCUAGAGUUUCUAUAUUUUCAUUCACAGUAUUAAAAACCAUGUAAUUUGCAUCACUUGUAAAUAGUUCCAUUGGAAACUUGAGAAGAUAUCUUUAUAUUAUUUUUUUUCGUUUAUUUUGUUGUCCAUAGAAUGUCUAGUUCUAUUGAGAAUUAUUAGGACCAGUAAUGGAUAUUAGUAAUUUUUUAUUGUUAUAUUACCGUUUAUCAGUGUAGAUUGUUAAAUGACUUAACAAGUUAAAAGGGGGGUUAUUUUUUAUGCGUACAUGUUUACUGGAACAUGUAUGGGGGUAUUGUUUACUCCGGUACAUCAGGAGAUGUUUACCAGGACAUGUAGAGAGGUGUGUUAUUUCAAUACAGUAGGUACAUGUAGGUGUGAGUUACAUGGUUAAGUCAAAACUUUUAACAGACUUAGCUGAUUACUUUCGUGUAUCACGGUUGAAACAGUUCGGGUGGCAUAGAAAUAUUCCACAAUAAACAAACAUAGAACUGUACCCAAGCUUAUAUGCAGAGCUAAAAAUGCAAGGUGUCAGAGUAUUGUGACAAAUAAAUAACAUCAUAUCAAGAAUAAUUUGUCCUUCUUUAACAUGUCAACUAUUUUAUAUCUAUUACCAUGCCCUAAAAUAUACAUGUGAAUCAACCUUGUUUUAUGCAGAAUAUAAUGUAAACUAGUGAUACUCAGCAUUUUAGUUUUGGUUAGGCACGUCUGGACCGAUAUACACGUGCCAAAUUUUCCAGAGGUUAGACUCAAUUUAAAUCUUAGCCUGUUGUUUUCUUUUCAAAUUCAGCUUGUUGAAACGGUUGAACCAGAUAUGCAAAAGGAGCCUUAUAUUUUUACAUAUCAGUAAUAAAUUUCUGAUUCUAUGUAUUAAAUUAUUUGGUGCUCCUGCUAUCUAUUGUUUAACGUGUAUGAUAUUGUUACUUUCAGUAUAACAAGCAGAGAUAUUUUAUGUAGUUUCAUGACACAGCAUGACAGAAGUGCUAGUUCCUAGUCUAAUGGUCUUCAGGCAGAGAGUAACAUAAGUCAUACUUUUUUUAAUUUCCUUACUUAAAGAAGCAGCCAGAUGUGUAUAGAUAUUUCUUGGGAAUUUAGAUUUUUUUCUUCAGAGCUUUAUACUGUUUAUUUUAGAUUUUAUAGGUCACCUGAGCUUUAGCU